AUGGAUCCAUCUAAGCUCCCAGCGUCAAUGAAGGCUAUCCUCCAGCCAGACAAGCACUCUCAUAAGCUCAUUCUCUCAUCUCAACAACCCGUCCCUACCCCAACCCAUCCUCAAGACGUCCUCGUCAAAGUUCACGCUACCUGUCCCUGCAAGGGCGAACUCGACUGGGCCCUCUGGGCACCUGAGUUCAUCGGCGACAAGAUCCCUAUCCCAGGCCAAGACCUCGCAGGGACCGUCGUCUCAGCCCCCGACAACAGCGGCUUCAAACCCGGCGAUGAAGUCUACGCCCGUAUUGAAGCGAACCGUCCUGGUGCAGGCGCAGAAUAUGUUCUCGCGCGGGCCUCUGAGCUUGCUAUUAAACCUAAGAACUUGACUUGGGCUGAAACGGCGGCGAGUCCUAUUAGUGCACUUACUGCAUACCAGGGACUAUUCACAAGAGGUGGUUUGGAUCCAGAGGCUCUGAGGGGUGAUGAGGCUGCACGGGAGAAGAAUUCCAAGGUCCGACUUCUUAUCAACGGUGCUGCUGGAGGAGUGGGAAGCUGGGCUGUACAGCUCGCUCGCAUCGCUGGAGUGAAGACUAUCACGGCGGUGGUUGGAACACAAAAUAUCGAUUUCGUUCGACAACUUGGCGCGACUGAAUCCAUUGAUUAUAAGAAGCAAAGCAUCGGGGAGUGGGUUGCCCAAGAUCCGGCAUCUCGACAGUUCGACCUUGUUUUUGACUGUAUCGGCAUGCCUUCUCUGGCUCAGACGUGGUAUGCAGUCCGGGAAGGAGGAACACUUGUCAGUGUAUGCGCCGUGCCCGAGCAGAAUCGUCCGGAGGAUGUCAAGAAGGAGGCCAACACUGUCUUCUUCGUCAUUGACCCGGUCGGCAAGGAUCUGGAUCACAUUACAAAGCUUCUGGAGGCUGGUGAUAUUAAGCCGCACAUUGAUAGCGUGGUUGGUCUGGAUGACUUUGAGGAGGCUUGGGAGAAGGUUGAGUCGGGUCGAACUAAGGGAAAGGUCGUCGUGAUGGUGAUGAAGGACGAGUAG